AUGGCUAGCACCCCUGGCUCUGCUGUCGAGAAACGGCCGCCGAGCCCUUCUCUGGAGGCAAAGCCGACUCACGAAGUUGAGGAUGAGCUUCAGUUCACGGUCAACGAGAAAAGGCUCCUCCGCAAACUGGACCUGAGAGUCAUACCCCCGUUGUUCGUUCUCUUCCUCAUGUCCUUCUUGGACCGCUCGAACAUCGGCAACGCAAAGAUUCAAGGGCUCGAGAAAUCGCUCAGCAUGAAAGGACAAGACUAUGCCAUUGCCCUCUUUGUAUUCUUCAUCACAUAUAUUUUGUGCGAAGUCCCAAGCAAUUUAAUUCUCAAGCGGUUGCCACCUUCGACUUGGCUAAGCUUCAUCAUCACGGGUUGGGGCCUUACUACCGUGGGACAAGGGCUCGUGAGAAACUUUCACGGUCUGGUCGGACUGCGUCUCGUCCUUGGGGUCUUCGAGGCUGGCCUAUUUCCUGGGGGAACAUAUUUGAUGUCAGCAUACUACGCCAGAUACGAGCUGCAGUGGCGAUUCAGUCUGUUUGUUUCUGCCAUUAUCAUCGCAGGCGCUUUCGGGGGUAUCUUCGCCUUUGGACUUGCCAAGCUGGAUGGUGUUGGCAACUAUGAAGGAUGGCGGUGGAUCUUCAUCAUCGAAGGCAUCAUUACUGUCUUGGUGGGGGUUGUCUCCAAGUUCUGGCUGGUCGACUGGCCUGAUCAAGCCAAGUUCUUGUCGGCUGAAGAAAAGACCCAACUGGCUCGCAAGCUGGCGGCAGAUUCGGCGGGCGGUGCCGCCAAAAUGGACAGGCUGGACGGACCAGCGGUUCGCCGCAUUCUCAAAGAUUGGAAGAUUUACUUGGGCAUCUUUAUGCAUUUAACCGUCGUCACAAGCACUUAUUCCAUGUCCUUCUUCUUACCAACCGUAAUCAAGGAGAUGGGGUACUCGUCAGCUGAGGCACAGCUGCGGGUGAUUCCUGUCUAUCUCGCCGCGACUGUCGUCUCAUUGAUCUGCGCUUGGCUCACCGACCGAUAUCGUUGUCGGUAUCUCGUCAUUAUGUUAACACUCUUGCCCGGUAUUGCAGGCUUUGGCAUCAUGCUCGCCGGGCUAAGAGUGUCGACUGCGGGACGAUACCUGAGCUGCUUCCUCGUUGCAAUCACUGCGUUCACCGCUUUGCCCACCGUACUGGCUUGGGUCAACUACCAACAAAGCGGACACUAUAAGAGAGCCAUCUCAUCUGCUAUGAUCAUUGGCGGUGGAAAUGUUGGCGGCAUUGUUGGCAGCAAUAUCUGGUUGGCUCGUGAGGCACCCGGGUAUAAGACCGGUGUCUCCGUCUCUCUGGCUUUUCUCAUACUCUGUGGUCUAGCUUCGACGGGUUACUACAUGGGCCUGCAAGCCGAGAACAAGCUUAGGGAGCGAGGGGGGCGUGACUAUCGUUUCACGGAUGAGGCUGACGAGCUGGACAAUAUGGGCGAUGACCAUCCAUCGUGGAGAUUUACUUUCUAA